AUGAAGGGGGGGUGGAUGGGGGGGGGGGGGUGGGUUAGUGGUCACGUGUGGUCGCGGGCGGGUGGGGAGGUGGUGAUUAAAAAAAAUAACCAUAAACGCCUCAUGUCGUUGCAUUUGUGCGCCGCGCUGUCGGUGCACCGCAUCCGCGGUGAUACUGACACGUCUGCGGAGCAUAUCGUCGGUGAGCCGGCGGUAAAACGCCGGUUCAAUAUCAAAAUCCUAUCGCGGUGCUCUUCGGUGUGCGCGAUUUCGGUCGAGCAACUCACUGGCGACGUAUUAAAAUUCUUCUUAGAGGGACCGGCGUCUUCGAGCCGCACGAGAUUGAGCAAUAACAGGUCUGUGAUGCCCUUAGAUGUCCUGGGCCGCACGCGCGCUACACUGAAGGAAUCAGCAUGUUCUCCCUGGCCUAGAGGCCCGGGCAACCCGUUGAAACUCCUUCGUGCUGGGGAUUGGGGUUUGCAAUUAUCCCCCAUAAACGAGGAAUUCCUAGUAAGCGCGAGUCAUAAGCUCGCGUUGAUUACGUCCCUGCCCUUUGUACACACCGCCCGUCGCUACUACCGAUUGAAUGAUUUAGUGAGGUCUUCGGACCGACACGCGGUGGCUUCACGGCCGUCGGCGUUGCUGGGAAGU